AUGCAUCGAAACGUGUUGUUGCUUCAAAUUUUGGUCCAAAUUUUGGAAUCCAUCGAUUUGUCGUGCUAUACGCCAUUGGUGAACUACACGCGAGGCACGGCGCCGAAAUUGCCGCGAUUCAUGAAAUACGACGAUCAUAUUCGAAUUUCGGGCCGUCUCACUCAAAACGUUUCGCAUUAUUUCAUGACGAUCGUCAUCGAAAUCGAAGAUUAUCGCGCUGUGCUCAAUUUGAUGCCGGAAAAUGGGAGCCGCUACGAGCCCGAUUAUGAUUACAAAGACGUGAAUCUAAAUUCAAUUCAUUGGAAAUCGGUGGCCACCAUCUUCGAUUCGGACGAACCCACGUUCGAAUUGAAGAUUGUGCGUCGAGAAGAAUAUUACUUCGUCUACAACCACAACGAAUUCAAAUGUAUGCUCGUGCAAAGGUGGAAUAUCACCCGCGUCGAAAUCCGUGGACUUGAGAACAUUUCCACUAUCACAUAG